AUGAGAUGCCAUAAUUCCGGUCUGGUGACUCGGAACGGAGCUCGUGGGAAGGUGCAUCCAAUUCCAUUGACUGAAGUAUCAGCUGACGUCACCUGGUUGGAUGCAUCCAUCAAGGUUGUCCUUACUCAGACCUACAAGAACGAGGAGUUCAAACCAUUGGAAGUACAAUAUAUAUUUCCGAUGGAUGACCGAGCUGCCGUUUGCAACUUUGUGGCCGAAAUUGAUGGGAGAACGAUUCUGGGAAAAGUGAAGAAACGGAGUGAAGCAAGGGAUUUCUACGAAGAGGCACUGAAAGCAGGAAGUACUUCAUUUCUUGUCGAGGAGAAAACGCCCGAAAUAUUCGUGGCCAAUGUUGGGAACCUCCCAGCUGGGCGUCGUGCUUCAAUCACAAUUUCCUAUGUUACACAAGCAACAAUGGAUGAAGACGCAUUGCGAUUUUUCCUCCCAACCACCAUUGCCCCGAGGUACGUACCACAUGGAGAUAACAGCGAAGCGACCAAGACCAUCGGGGCCAUCGAGUACUCAUCCUUCUCACCAUGCCCUUUGAAAAUCCAUGCCAUUAUUGAGACGCAUCAGAAAGCUCUGGUCAAGAGCCCAACUCAUUCAAUCGAACUCCUUUCGAAAAACAUGCGUUCGGAUGUCACGAAACUUUUCAAAACUGAGCUGGCACUCAAAGGAAUGUCGACAGACAUGGACAAGGAUUUCGUACUACUUCUUAAGACUCCUCAUCAGCCAAGACUGAUAUUAGAAAAGGGUUCAGAUUCCACAAUAGCUGCUAUGGUCACAAUGGUCCCAAAGUUCAAUAUGGUAGAAACUAAAUUGAAACAUGAAUUCAUAUAUAUGAUUGAUCGUAGCGGAUCCAUGAUGUGUGACAAGAUGGAGAUGGCCAAAGAGGCAUUGCUGUCAUUCCUUAAGGAUAUGCCCAGGGAUUCGUAUUUCAACAUCGUCAGCUUUGGUUCCAAUUUCUCCUCAUUGUGGAAGGAAAGCCAGAAAUAUGAAGAAGAUGGCGAAUACGCGGUAACACAACAUGUUAAUGAAAUGGAGGCAAACCUUGGUGGCACAGACAUGCAUGAGCCCCUCGUCUCCAUUUUCAAGCUGAAACAACCAGAAGGAUAUGCUCGUCAGAUCAUCGUUCUCACUGAUGGCGAAGUCAGCAACACAGAGGAGAUCUUUUCGCUGGUGAGGGACAACUGCAAAGUGAGCAAAACGAGAGUUUUUGUUUUGGGGAUAGGAAAUGACGUCAGUCAUCAUCUCGUCAAUGGUAUUGCACGGGCCGGUAACGGAGCAGCUCUUUUUGCAACUCUAAAAGAAAGUAUAAAAGGGAAAGUUCAAUACCUCCGAGAGUUUUUCUUACAACCAUCACUAACAUCUGUUGAAGUAACUUGGGCUCACUCCCAAGCCAUUCCAAAGCCAGAAAUGGAAGAAGCGAAUGGUGCAAUAGUCACUCAUAAAACACUUGAAGGGUAUGGCCUGCCAGAGGUGAAAAAACCUGAGAGGGAUUGCGACCUCAAUGUUACAGACCCAUGCAUCAGCGUCAAGAACUUGCCUAGCAUUCUGAAUGGUGCUUGCUAUACGGCGUAUUGCAUCUACAAUAAUCCUGAGAUUAUCCCAGUGGAGAUAGCGUUGAGCGCAGAUUCUCCUGAUGGGCGCUUGGAAAAGGCAUUCCCUGUAAAAUGCGAGGAAGUUAGAGAGGGGGACAUCGUCCACACUUUGGCAGCACGGUCCAUCAUUCGAGAGUUGGAAGAAGAACUAAAAGAGACGAAUUUGAACAAAGGCGAUCGAUUGAACAAGGAGAACAUUGCUAUUCAGCUAGGUAUCAAAUACAACAUAGGAUCCAGCCUCACGUCCUUCGUCGCCGUUGAUGAGAAGGGGCAAAUGCAAGAAGACGCUUUUAUUCCAAGAAUUGUUCCAAGCAUGAUGCCUAAGGGAUAUGACGGAUGGAGAAGCGGAAUAACGCCAGUAAAACGGACUGCGCAUGAAAAACGGAUUGAGCCAAUGUAUAGGACACCGAGGUAUACGCCGAGGAAUGGUACUUAUCAAGCAUGGACGUGGUUGAACACUCUAACAGCUCCAAGUGGGGGUUCUCCUCUACCCCACAUGACACUUGAACAGAUACACGAGAGAGCAGCCAGAGCUGGGGGUGUGUCAGGGGGAGCCCGUCUUCCGAUGUUCGAGAUGAAAUGUUCGAGAAGCAAAAGUAAAAAACCACAAGUAACUACGGACCUGGCGGAAGAUGAAGAGAAAGGGAAAGAGGAUGCUACGUAA